AAAAAUUCUACGAGUGUGGGCCCAAAAGAAAAUUUCCAUUCCCAUUCCCCAGUACUCUUUGUUUUCCAUCUUCAUAAACGAGAGAAAAUAUCUUAGAAUUCCCCUCCAUUUUCUUUACUCCCAUUGCCCCCCCUUCCAAAAUACAGAGUGCUCGUAGAAAAGAUCAACCUAAUCCCAACACACGCAUAAGAAAAGUAAUUCCAUUUUUACUUAGGAAAUGUUCACAUAAGAUUAAGGCCUCUCUCCUACUCCUACCUUGAAAGGUUUCUAAAAAGAAAGAAUAGCUGUCAGAUACGGUAAUAUCAAAACAUAUAUUUCCUUUCCACGGGCCUCUUAGAUUCUUAUCUGAUACCCUCCCCUCGUGUGCUCUGUCUCCCUUCCAUUAAUGCUCUAUCCACCUUCUCGUUUCUCUCAAAAACGAGUCCUCUCUAUAUACUUACAUGCCCCCACUACUUGUAUGAGUACCACGCUAAUAGAUGCGUUCGCCUUGUUACUAAGAUAUCCAUCACAAAGUUAAAUAACUCAUGGCGGUAAUUUCUCUUUAUUUGGUCUUCUUUGUGGUUCUCCCGGCGAUAGUCCUUAUCGCUCACCGGAGUUCGCGGUGCCGACGGCUCCGGUUGCCGCCGGGGAGUUUGGGUCUGCCCUUUGUUGGAGAGACUCUACAGCUGAUAUCUGCAUACAAGACUGAGAACCCUGAACCGUUUAUAGAUGAGCGGGUGAGCCGGUUCGGUUCGUUGUUUAAAACCCAUAUUUUUGGUGAACCGACAGUUUUUUCUGUUGACCCGGAAACGAACCGGUUCAUUUUGCAAAAUGAAGGGAAGCUGUUUGAGUGUAGUUACCCCGGUUCGAUAAGCAACCUGCUGGGAAAACAUUCUUUGUUGCUGAUGAUGGGUAAUCUUCACAAAAAAAUGCAUUCCUUAACCAUGAGUUUCGCUAACUCUGCAAUCAUCAGAGACCAUCUCUUGGUCGAUAUAGACCGGUUGAUCCGUCUCAAUUUAGAUUCUUGGUCCGACCGGGUUCUCCUCAUGGAGGAGGCUAAGAAGACUACAUUUGAGUUGACAAUGAAGCAGCUAAUGAGCUUUGAUCCAUGUGAAUGGACCGAGAGUCUAAGAAAAGAGUACGUGCUUGUUAUUGAAGGCUUUUUCAGCGUGCCUCUACCCAUCCUUUCCCCCACAUACCGCAGAGCCAUCAAAGCUAGGACUAAGGUGGCAGAGGCUUUGAGCUUGGUAGUGAAGCAAAGGAGGAUAGAGAGUGAGUCAGGAGAGAAAAGGAAGGACAUGCUGGCAGCUCUUGUAGCUUCAGAUGAUCAUGGCAGCUUCUCGGACGAGGAAAUAGUAGAUUUCUUGGUAGCCCUGCUUGUUGCAGGCUAUGAAACUACAUCUACAAGCAUGACUCUUGCUGUUAAGUUCCUCACCGAGACACCUCUGGCUCUGGCCCAGAUCAAGGAGGAGCAUGAACAGAUUAGAGGAAAGAAGGGCGAGGAGGGAGCUCUUGAGUGGAGUGAUUACAAGUCAAUGACCUUCACUCAGUGUGUUGUUAAUGAGACUUUGAGAAUAGCAAACAUAAUAGGUGGGAUAUUUAGACGAACAAUGACAGAUAUAAAUGUUAAAGGUUAUACAAUUCCGAAAGGAUGGAAGGUUUUUGCAUCGUUUCGUGGUGUACAUUUAGACCAUGAAUACUUCAAAGAUGCUCGAACUUUCAAUCCGUGGAGAUGGCAGGACGAGUCGGGGGCAACAUGCCCAGCAAAUGUGUUCACUCCUUUUGGAGGAGGGCAACGGUUAUGCCCAGGAUAUGAACUUGCUAGAGUAGAACUCUCUGUUUUCCUUCACCACCUGGUCACCCGUUUCAGUUGGACCCCAGCCGAAGAAGACAAGCUGGUUUUCUUUCCAACUACGCGGACACAAAAGCGAUAUCCCAUCAAUGUGCAGCGUCGAAAUCGUGUCUAAGCCAUGUAAAAGUAUUAGAGCGAAAGAGAAGUGAUGUAGAAGAGCUCGAGUCCUUUUAAUGAUGGAUCCAAUAAAAGCUCAAGCAAUAAGAUAGAAGCUUAUUUUGAGUUCCCGUAUAGCGGGUACCAUCAGUAGAGGUCUUGGGCUAGAGCCGAUUACUGCUCCACUCCUACAGUACCGCCUCUCCUCCCGUGUAAAUUGACGACUAUAUCCUUGAAUAAAAUCAUGCUACUCACGCCACCCACCCCAAGCCUUAACCGCCACUAUAUACUGUCAGUAAUAAAUAAUUUUCUUCGUUGUAUGCAGCGACAAGCUAGUGUUUAAAUCGACUAUAUUAACUAAGGCGAUCUUUCCUUGGAAAUAUUCAAAGUGGCGUGAGAGUGAGAGCUUGUUUUUCCAAUUUAAUAAAGCAUCAUGCUCUAGAA